AUGGGUGGACGGCAAUCGUCCGUGGCCGAAGACAGGCCACGUUCCAAUUCCGUCGACACAGCCAGUGCUCCGCAAGGUGGCCAUGAUGAUCAGGCUAGAAAUCCGAGCAGAUCUGUGAUGACAGCUGCCGAAUUCUUGCAAACGAUUCGAAAUGCGCGUAUAAUUGGUUCUUCAUCGGAUUCCAAUGGAUCUGAAGAUGAUGCGGGUCCUUCUACAUUACAUCAGCAUCCAAUGAGGUUGCGUUCUCACGGUGGCCUAAGCCUCAAUCAUGCACGGACCGGGCGGUUGCGAGGUAACUUAAGCAGACGCUCGAUGCCUGUUUUUAUGAUGGGCGCUGAAGAUAUGACUUGCCCUAUUUGUCACAAAACUGUUCCCUCAGAUGAGGCUGAUGUGCAUCUUGUUAUGUGCCUUACUAGACCGAAAAUUACUUAUAACGAUGAUGUUCUUACCGAGGAUAAGGGCGAAUGUUCAAUUUGCCUUGAAGAAAUGCUUACCGGAGCAGUGAUCGCUCGCUUGCCUUGCCUUUGCAUAUAUCAUAAACAAUGCAUCGAUGAAUGGUUCAAAAGAAAGAAUUGUUGCCCGGAACAUCCUGGCGAUGAUUGA